CCCUUUUUCUCUCUCUCUCUCUUCCUUCGUUCGCCACGAAGAAGAAGAAGAACGAUUCUCUCUCUCUCUCUCUCUCUCUCUCUCAUCAAUCGCGAAUUCGAACCGAAUCGAGGCCGAAGCGCGUCCUGCACCUCACCUUCGGACCGCCGGGAAUCUCCUGAAUCCGUACGAGGUUUUGAGGUUUUGCUCUCUCCCUGUCUCUCUGUUUCUCUCUCCUCGAGGCGCGUUCAGUGCUGCGGUUGUUGCUGGUGCGCCGCCGGUGGUGGUGGUGGUGGUCGGCGGGAGCCGGUCAUGGCGGGCGCGAGCGGAGCCAGCUCCGGAGCUCUCGAGGCGGGGGCGGCCGUCCCGGCGAGCUCCCGAGCUCGGCGGGAGGAGGGGGAGGCGGCGGCGGCGCGGGAUCGGGCGCGGGGAGGCCCGCCGUCGGAAACCCUAGGCGCGGCGGCGUCCGAUUGCGAUCGGGGCGAAGGUUCGAAGGCGAGUUCCGCGGCGGCGGAAGAAUCCAAGGUGAUUAAGGAGCAAGUUCAACAGUCCCACCAGGAAGGUCUAGCAGUUGGAGCAGGGGAGACAAUUCAGACACAGACACAGAUCCAGCUGCGUUUAUCACCAUGUGCAAUGGCGACAUCAGAAUUAUCACCAACUUCUGUUACUCAAUCUAUUUCGUCAAUUCCAAGUCCAACUCCAGUGGAACAAGGUUCUGAGAUGAAGACUACGGGUUCCUGCAUGCCAGAUCCAGACAUAAGAAGUUCUUACACAAGGAAUGCCCCUAGAGCUUUAAGGACUUCUAACAUUGAUGGUUACAGCUGGAGAAAAUAUGGUCAAAAGCAAGUCAAAAGUCCCAAAGGUUCAAGAAGUUAUUUCAGGUGCACAAACACAGAAUGUUCUGCAAAAAAGAUCGAGAUUUGUGAUGAGCUAGGCCAUAUGUUAGAGACUGUUUACAGAAGUCAACAUAACCAUGAUCCACCAAAGAAGGCCAAUGGCAUGUUGGAGGGUAAAUUCGAAAAAUCUGUUGGGCCUGUUGCCAAGCAUCUUUCUAAUAACCAUUCGGCCAGAGUGCUUGAUGAUUCAGUUCCAUCCUCUUCUUCCAAGGAGCCAGCCCAAGAAAUCCCUGCUAAAGCCAAAAGUGAGCAUCAAAAUUCAGUUGGCUUUGGUGGAAAAGGGGAAACCACCAUAAAGAACGAACAUGUCAAUGAAAUAGAGCAUAGACAAAGUGGUAAGAAGAACAAGUUGUGCCACUCAGAUCCUCAACCGAAACCUGGAAAGAAAGCUAAGAUUGUUGUGCAUGCAGCAGGUGAUGUGGGGAUAUCUGCUGAUGGUUACAGGUGGCGAAAGUAUGGGCAGAAAAUGGUAAAGGGAAACCCUCGUCCCAGGAAUUACUACAGAUGCACUUCAGCGGGUUGCCCGGUUCGUAAACAAAUUGAGACGGCUGUAGAUAAUGCAAAUGCGGUAUUAAUCACUUAUAAGGGGGUACAUGACCAUGACAUGCCAGUUCCCAAAAAGAGGCAUGGCCCACCAAGCGCUCCCCUUGUUGCUGCUGCAGCUCCAGCUUCCAUGAGCAGUGCACCGCAUAAAAAAGUUGAUGCGGCCCAAAAUGGAAAGGCUUCAACCAAAUUAUCAGUAGAUGCAGGAGGUGAAUUGACUGGAGAGGCCAUGGAACUUGGAGGUGAGAAGGCAAUGGAAUCAGCAAGGACUCUUCUAAGCAUCGGAAUCGAAAUCAAGCCCUGUUGAAAAGUGAAUAGAUUUCUGAACUGGAAUAGAAUUAAUUGCCAGGUUUGAGUUUUUUUCGAUUUUUUUCCUUGGAGUCUGUAUGUAUUUUGAUUUAUGUCUCUCUGUUGUAGUCUCUUGGUGGGCGCCUGUAUAUUUCCCUUUUAAUGCCCUGUAGAAUCUGUUUAAAUAGAGAAGGGAUAGUGUGCACAUAUAGUCAUGACAUUUAGCGAAUGAAGAAAUAGCGCACACAUGAUUGCAUUUGUCUUAUAGAUGGAAAUUUUACAAAGCUCGAUAUGAGAACUCGGUGUAUUUCAA